GGUGGGCGCUGCUCUGGAGCUCCAGCCGGGGCUCCCCUUCCCCUGCCAACCCUUUGCCAGCCUCGGGGCUCCGGAGCCCUCUCGGAGAGGCCAGCCAAGAGCUCCCCAUCCUCUCCACCUUCGCUUCUUCCUCCUCUGCUUCCCCGACGACGGGCUUCCUCUACCGCCGCCUCAAGUCCCACGAGAAAAGGGAGAUGCAGAAGGAGAUCCUCUCGGUGCUGGGCUUGCCUCACCGGCCCAGGCCAGCCCAUGGCAUCCGGACCCAGGGCGAGGAGGCUGGGGAGAAGGCCCCUUUCCCCAAGCAGCAACCCAGGCGGCGGCCGAUGGGGGCUUCUCCUCCUCCUGCUGAGGCUCCGCCGGGGAGGCUCACCUCGGCUCCCCGCUUCAUGCUGGAGCUUUACAAGACCCUCUCCAACGAGGAGGAGGAGGAGGAGGAGGAGGGGAAGGGGCUCCCCACUCCGGUGCAGACCCUCCUCAGCCCCCCGCAGGGUCCUUCUUCGCCAGCCCUGGCCAGCUCCCAGGACAGCGCCUUCCUCAGCGACGCCGACAUGGUCAUGAGCUUCGUCAACUUGGUUGAAUAUGACAAGGAAUUCACACCUUACCAUCGACACCACAAGGAGUUCAAGUUUAAUUUGUCUCAGAUUCCAGAGGGAGAGACUGUUACUGCUGCUGAGUUCCGAAUCUACAAGGAUUGUGUCUUUGGAGGAUUUAAAAAUCAAACCUUUCUGAUUACCAUCUAUCAAGUUUUGCAAGAACAUCAGAACAGAGAUUCAGACCUGUUUAUGCUGGACACCAGAGUCGUUUGGGCCUCAGAAGAAGGCUGGCUAGAGUUUGACAUCACUGCCACCAGUAACAUGUGGGUGAUAAACCCUCAGCAUAACUUGGGACUCCAGAUGAGUGUGGUGACCAGGGACGGUCUCAGUAUAAACCCUAGAGAAGCUGGCCUAAUAGGUCGAGAUGGCCCUUAUGACAAACAGCCUUUCAUGGUGGCUUUUUUCAAAGUGAGUGAGGUUCAUGUUCGAAAUGCUAGGUCAGCCUCCAACAGACGCAGGGACCAGAGUCGAAACCGCUCAACCCAGCCUCAAGAUGCAUCCAGGGUAUCCAGUAUCACAGAUUACAAUAGCAGUGACCUAAAAACAGCUUGCAGAAAGCAUGAACUUUAUGUCAGCUUCCAAGAUUUAGGAUGGCAGGACUGGAUUAUUGCACCCAAGGGCUAUGCAGCAAACUACUGCGAUGGAGAAUGUUCUUUCCCACUCAAUGCUCAUAUGAAUGCCACCAAUCAUGCCAUUGUGCAAACUUUGGUUCAUUUAAUGAAUCCAGAGAACGUUCCUAAGCCAUGUUGUGCCCCUACAAAACUUAAUGCAAUAUCAGUUCUUUACUUUGAUGACAAUUCCAACGUUAUUUUGAAAAAAUACAGGAAUAUGGUGGUAAGAGCUUGUGGAUGUCACUGACAAGACGUUUUCUACAGAAAGACCCUGAAUGCUAAACUCAACCAUUUCCAUCCUGUGCCUCAGAUGGAACAUCUAACACUUCUAGAAGAAUGUUUGGGCCUUGAGGGAGAAAGAAAAGCAAGGAAUUCCCAACAGUACUUAACUUCUAAAGUGUUUGCACAAUGGUGGCCUUUUGGUCUUACAAAUUCUACAUGUGGCAGAGGAACCCGUGAAGUGUGGAGCCUGUUAAUGCAGCAAACCAGUCAGUCUACUGUUUGAUCUGCUAUCAUCAAACCUUGGUUGAUGCCACAAGAAAGAGGACUUUGUGCUGACAAGGGAAAUGCAGGGUUCAAGGCAAGGCUCCAUCCACAUACCACUCAAGGCAAGUCUAGCCACAUACAACUCAAGGCUCCAUCCACAUGCAGUUCAAGGCAAGGCUGCAUCCACAUACAGCUAAACUAAGCAAUCCUUACUUAGCUUUAAAGGCAUCCAAGCUGUAUGUCACAGUCUUGAUCACAAAGGCAAAGGCAGUGCCUCACACUAAGCAAACUGCUGCAUUUAAGUUUCCUCCUUGAAAGCAAGUGACACAUUUGUUGUGCCUUGUCCCCAGCCCUUCGGCAACAAACAUAACUCUUAGGUAGCCUGACAGCCUGAGUAUCACAACAGUAGGUAUGGUAACAGUGACAGAUCAUCUGGUGUUCUAGAUGAUAAAAUUGGCCACCAGACUGAUGGGCAGUUGUUUUAAAGGCAAUUAUUAUCCUUACAUUCUACAGCUGCACCUUGUUUGUUCUGAUCCAACAUUUAAAAGUGCUACCACCAUCACUAUUAAGUGCUCAUGUGUGCCAGCGCUUGCACACACACACACACACACACUUUCUGGCCCCUCAAAUGAACAGAAAAAGGUAUGUUGGACUAAACCACUGUAAAGUGUAGACUAUCUAAUGGACAUACUCAAGAUACCAGUUUAAAAACUGAGGAUACUGAAAAUAUGCGGAUGCUCCUUUAAUGAAAUGCAUGUGACCUCUUAAAACAGGAAACAAAAUGGAGCAGCCUUAGUGUUAAAAGCUUGACUUCAGAAAAUCAAGUUAUUCUGCUGUACUUCUGAACAAUAAAACAAGAUGAAAAGGACCGGGGGGAGGAGACGGGGGUGACAGAACAGCAGGAACAACUUUGAAUUUGUUGGUGAGCUCAGAGAGUACUCAGCCCUGCUGGUCCAAUUAAACAUUCACAAACACUAAUUUGAUGGGGAUCGGAAAUACACACAAACUUCCCCUUGCACUUGUCCAUACUUUAUAGAGAAUCUUACCUCUCUCAGAAAAAAUGAAUUUAAACUGUGUAUGAUGCAUACUUCCAAGGUCUGGCUCCAUACAGACACAAAAAGUUUUCUUGAGACUUCAGAAAAGUGCACUUCCCCUUGACUACUUUGCAUUUUAAAAGGGCUUUUGUAAAUAAAUUAAAAUUAUAAUUUAUUGCAACUGUCAGAUAUAUUAAUUUUUUAUGUACUAUGUAACAAGACCAAGAGUUUUUGUUAAAAAAAGAUAAUUUUAUUCAGAAAUUGCUUGUGUAAACAAUUGUACCACUUGAUUUUGUACAGGAAACUCAUGAGUUACAGCUCAGCCUGCUCAUGAGAUUGUGCUUUGUUAGGUUUUUAAAAAGCCAUCAUGAAUAAAGGAUCCCUUUAAGGCAGAAA